AGCCUGGGGGACAGCCGGUAUGGCAUAACCAGUCAGCAAGCUGUGUGAGAGGCAGGAGAUGCAAAGAGAGAUCAGAUAGUGUCCCUGGACAAGAAGCUUGUGAAUUGGUCACUAAAGCCGGGAACUGGAUGGAUGUCUGUGACGGGUCUACCACUGUGAUCCUCGGGGUGACCUCCUCGGUGCCCUCCUUGCCACUCCCCAACGUCCUCCUGAUGGCCAAUGUCACCUGGCCCCAGGGUCAGUUUUCCACCUGUAGCACACCUGAUAGUGCCCCAGUCAUCACCCUCAGCAGGAUUCUCCCACUGAAGUAUGUGGAGCUACGAAUCUGCGACCGGCUACAACGCAUCCUGAGGGUUAGGACAGUGACUGAAAAGAUCUUCUACCUGAGGCUCCACGAAAAACACCCAGAGGCUGUGUUUCAGUUCUGGAUCCGCUUGGUGAAAAUUCUGCGGAGAGGUCUGUCUAUCACCACAAAAGACCCGAGAAUCCAAUUCUCUCACUGCCUGGUGCCCAAGUUGCCCUGCAGCUCCACCGAAACAUCUGGAAGCGGCCUCCUGUCAUCCUGCCAGUCCAGUGAAAGCUCCAUGAAACUCUUGGCAGCCGAGCAGACCAGUGACUGUUUCUCGAAUCUCUCAGGAAGGUCCCAGCUCACAGCAGACAGAAACACCGAUACCACCACUGAAAUAGACAAUUUCAACUGCUCUGACAAGACACCCUCUCCAGUGGCAUCCCCUGUCAAUUCGAAUAUACCCAUGAGAGCCACCUUGAACCACAGUCUCUGGGAGCAAGAGAAUCCAGUGGAGCACUUCCUGCAGGCUCCUGUAGCCGGUUCCCUAGGAGAGAACUUCCUGGGACCCUAACACCUAACCAAGACAGGGUCAUCUUCCCAGGCUUCAUUCAGUCCACUUGCUACAACCUUCUAUAAUGCUCUUUUCCUAUUGUGGCCCAGAAGACCAUGGGAAAGGCUCAGCCCAGCCUAGUUGCUAAACCAGGGGCCCAGCCCAACCCCAAGACCCGGAUUCUUAACGAUGUAGCAGAGCGAAUGACUGGCACCAGGUGGCGCCACACUACAGGCGGG